AUGAAGAUUUCAACUGUUCCGAACCAUGGAACCAUUUUCUAUACCACUGGCGGACACAAGGCAUCGGCAGUUUUUCUUAGCGAUGGAAUUGUUAUCACCUCGGCUUUGCUGCUCACUGAUAACGUGUCCGUGGCAAAGAGAAUUACCGACGCCGUUAAAAAAACGCCCAUCGUUGAGCUAUGCAAAAUCGAUCAGGUUAAUCGACUGGACUUUCGAAUCGUGCGAAAGCACCAAAAUCAGUUAGAGGAGCGGACUGCUCGGGCCCUCUACAUUGUCCAUUCCCCGAGAGUGAAGGCAUGCCUGGAGCAAGUCUUGUCCGGGUUGCAGAUCGUCCUGAAUGGUGACACCAAAAUGUUGCACGAGUUCGGUAGUCUAUACUCUAGCUUCAUCGUUCUGUCCGCGAAUGGUUCUGAGGUUUCGCCUUGGCACUCCAUUCAAUCACUGCUAAACUGUGCCAGUCACGCGAGCGAUGAACCCCUUAAAUUGCUUGAUAAAGUAGUGACCGUUUCUACCCCGUUCGGAAACGAAUCGUUUUUCAACACGGUUCACAUAGGCCACGUAUGCAACGUUUUCGGAGAUAAUGACUGUAUGCUGCUCCUCGAUGUUCCGCUGAGUAUGGGAUGCGAAGGAGGAGCCGUUUAUGAUAGCAAAAUGAAACUACGAGGCUUUCUCAUCGGAUCUACGUUUAUGUACCGCAACGAUAACGUGACUCUAUCGUUGGUGGUAAAUGUGGAUGAACUUUUGAAUAUCUCCCACAACGAGCGAAACUUAUGCAACCGAUUACCGAGUUCGUUUCCGGAGCAGGCAUUCCGAUCGGUCUGCAUGAUAGACUCGCAGGGCUGCUGGGGCACGGGGUGUGCUUUCGAGCUGAAAGGGAACCACUACAUCAUCUCCUGCGCACACGUACUCGCGACCGAUAACAUUACGUGUUUCUUCAACGACCGGCAAGUGAUGCACCCGAAAGUGCUGUUCAAAAAUCCAACGUUCGACAGUGCGUACGACAUUGCGCUGAUGGAGGCAAGUUACGAAGAGGCACAAUCCGUUAACUGGUUUUGCCGUUUAGCUAACUACAUUCCCCGCGUUGGCCAGCGGCUGUAUGCUGUAGGGUUUCCUGUGCUUAAAUCCCUGGCAAUGAAACCCACGUUCCGGCCAAGUAUUGUACCAGGUCGUGUCACAAAGUACACCGACGGUAUUCUGUUCACCGAUUGUUCCAUACAAAAUGGCCAAAGCGGUGGACCGGUAUUUGAUGAAAACGGUCUGCUUAUUGCGAUCGUUGUGUCAAAUUUCAAGAGCUCUCUCGACAAUCGCAUGUAUCCGUUUCACAACAUGUGCGUUCCCAUCUGCGCCAUCUACCCCGCGCUUGAGCAAUACACCGAAACACGUGAUAAAUCAUCUCUCGACGCGCUGCAAGCGGACUGGAGCAUACGGAGCAAGUGGAAGCUGAAACCCCCGCCGAUUUUGAACAAACUGUAAACUGAUACAGUACAUGCUGCCAUACGGGGGAGAGUGUUUUAAUUUA